AUGGCGGCUGUUAUGAAGCUGAAGACGCUGCAGGGACAUCUGCAGGAGUUGAGUGGGUUUGAGAAGCCAAAAGUACAACUGGAGCAGUAUGAGACUCCUCCACACAUUGCUGCAAUUGCUCUUUACACAAUGCAGACACAAUAUGAAGCUCUAGAAGGCAAGCUAGUGCUCGACGCAGGCUGCGGGCCGGGCGCGCUGAGCUUCGGCGCAGCGUUGCUCGGGGCAGCCGUCACCGCCGUCGACGUCGACGCGGACGCCUUGAACGUACUACAAGAAAAUAAAGAUGACACUGACAUUGCCAAUGUUGAUGUGGUGCAGUGCAAUUUCCUUGGACCAAGUGUUUGUAGAUGGGAAAAUUACUUCGACACAGUUGUGAUGAACCCGCCGUUCGGCACGAAGAACAACGCCGGCAUCGACUUGCGGUUUUUACGCGCCGGGCUUGAUCUCAGCUGCGACAGUGUCUACUCGCUACACAAGUCUUCUACAAGGACACACAUACAAAAGAAAAUCAAAGAGUGGGGCGUAAAGGGCACCGUGAUAGCGGAGCUGCGCUACGACCUGCCGGCGACGUACAAGUUCCACAAGCAACAGUCGCGCGACAUCGCCGUCGAUCUGUGGCGGGUGCACCACCCCUGCUAGGAGUAAAUCACUUCACACAUCUUACUUGAUUCAGUCGUCCUAACCGGCAUCCUAACUAGGAUGUUUAAAAAUAUUCCUAGUUGGCGCAUUUUUUUAAAGAUCCUAGACUAAACUCUUACCCACUUAUUCAUAAACGUGUACUAAAGUUACGAUGCCGCUAAUCAUCCUUUGUCCCUUUCCGACGUAUUGGUAUGAUGGAAAGGGACAAACGAUGAUUAGCGGUAUCGUAACUUUAGUACACGUUUAUGAAUAAAGGGGGUACUAAACGCGGUUACACGCGCGGUUAAUUCUGAAUAAAGUAAGACAUGUGAAGCGCUUAAGGUUAGGUUGGGUGGGUAGCUAUACAAUGUACAAUUGUAAAGUCGCCAUCAGAUAUGCUCCGAUAUAUCGGCCAAGGUGGUCACAAAUAUGUGAACACGCCUCUAUUGCCAAGGCGUUAGAGUGCGUGUUCAGAUAUUUGUGACUAUGACAACCUUGGCCGCUCCGACAUAUCUGAUGCCGACUGUAAUAUGUAUAAUAAUUGUAUAUGCUCAGGAACUACCUCUUAGGCUUAGAAAGUGACGCUUCUCUGUAGAAGUUGGGAAAGUAAAAUGCGCCGUGAUAGCGGAGCUGCGCUACGACCUGCCGGCGACGUACAAGUUCCACAAGCAACAGUCGCGCGACAUCACCGUCUAUCUGUGGUGUGGCACGUAGUUUGGAUACGUGCGCGGUUAUCAAAUCGAACGAAUUUUCGCAGUCUGAAAACAACUGACAAUUUUUGAAGCUUUUUAUUUUACCGCAACGAUUUUUUUUUGGUAAUUCAUGGCAAGGUACUGCAACUGUAGACACGUAUAACACGUUUACGUCAAAGAUAUUAUUAUGGCCUAGAUGGUGAUUAAAGUGCAGUAAGGUGCUAGCUAUUAAAAAAGACAGAAAAGUUCGAUUAUCUCAAAAAACCAUGAUACUUUUACUAGACCUAUGAGUGCAUUAUCUAGACCAGCCUAAGGUGGCCUGUCGGUGGUUAGAAGGUUAUCUUCGUGUCAUGUCACGUACGGUGGGCAUGCGUUGUGGAGCAGAAUCUCGUAUUGUGUUUAGGGAAUGCUCCCGGUACAUAGUUUGUAUGGCAAUUCUCGGGGAGUCCCGGUUACGGUACUGAAUUUGUAUAUAAAACCACUUCCUAAUUGUGUCACUAACACUAGUAUUUUACCCAAUCUGACCAUAGUUGUAAUUUAUGAAUUAAGGUAUAUUCUGGUAAUUCCAAAUCACCUCCGAACAUCAGGUAAAGGUGCAUCCUUAACGCAGUUAAGCAAUAUUGCAACACGGUAGCAUUAGGUGAUCUACUUAAUUACUUACUGUUACAGCGUGGGUGCACCUUAAUUAAGAAAACGACCCAUAAUUCUACGAUCAAAGUCCAUUUCCGGAAUUACCCGAUCGUUAGCGAUUUAAAAUAAGCACCCAAAUGCACCUUACCUACGGUUCACAAAUAUAUUUUUAUUUAUUGCUAUUUUAGCUUAAUGUAGAAUAUCUAUAAUAGAGUGCUAAAAGUUAACCCUUCAUGUGGCAUACAUCAUUAAGUUUUUAGGAACUACUUUCUGUAAACUAAUGAAAUUUAAAAGACAUAUCUUGCUACGGGAAUUUGCCACGCGAAGGGUUGACUUUUAAUGGACGACGGCAGCAGCGUACUUGAUUACGGUUUAUAAUCAAAUGAAAAGUCAAACCAAAACCAGAUUUGAGGCAAAAUUUCGAGAUUCGCCUCGUCUAUUCGUAGAUUUAUAUGUAUACCUCUAUCCAUCGGCUCCUCCUCGCAUAGCAAUAUUGUUACUUUCCAAAACUACAACAAAAAGUACUGAGGCAGACUGAAAUAGUAUGUAUGUCAAAUAGGAACGUUUCCGAGAAAAUAUGAUGGGAUAGGUUGAUAGGCCAAUUAGACCCACAUUCAAACGGGCCUGAUGUUAGGCCCGACGUUGAGCCCGAGUAAGAGUAUUUUUCCCUUAAAGCAAAUAUCAGCACAUCUUUUACAAUAUUUGACAUGUAAAAAAUACUUUUCACCUCAGCAGCUCGAACAAGCCUACUUUCGUCAUUCCAGGGAGUGUGGAAAGUGUGAUUUUCCUCACUCCAGGGAGUGGGACAAAGUAGCUUUUUAAUUUAGUGAAUGCCAUGAAUACAGGAAUAAAAACUUUACUUGAUGUUGAAUUUUUUUUAACCUUUAAUAUGUUCUCACUACUGAAGUGAAAAGUUGUAUGUGUCACACGAGAGCAAAGUUAUUUUACAUCUCUUGUUUUUGAGUCCUCAAGAUCAGACUCAAAAUCAACACUCGCAAGAAAAACUAACUUUCCUCUCUUGUUGCACAAAUAACUAUUGUCUCUAAUUGCGAAAAAUGUUCAAUGUUAGAUAUUUUUGCAUAUGAACCAUUUUUUUGCUGUGCUAUGUGUACAUGUGCUGAUAUUUGAUUAUCAGGCCCGGCGUCGGGGCAGACAUCGGGCCCGAUAUCGGGAAGCUGUGUGGCGUUCCACGGGUAAAGGUACCUUAUGGCGGUCGGCGCUUCCGCUGUUGUUAAAGACACUCCUAUACUAAAGCGCCAACCGCCAUAUGGUACUUUUAUCCGUGGAACGACACAUAGUAUUCUCGCGCAACAAAGUAUAGAAACUGCGACAGGGACACAGUUGCUACGCGAGGUGGGGCAGUAUGUUUAUUUUUAUAGUAAAUAUUAUUAGGUACAAUUUAUAUUUUUUUUAUUAUAAAUCCAAAUACCAAGUAAGUAUAUUUGAAUUGGAUCAGAUAUAUGUUGACUGUAAAAAGAUAAGUUUAUUGUUUUAAUUGAACACAAGGUAAAUUUGAAAUAUAUAUCCAAAUUAAAUCCGAGUCUAAAAACUUAUGUUUUUAAUGAAGUAUAUAAUGGAGCCGGACGUACUAUUAUAAGAAUUGAAUAACAAAAUUAAUAUUUGUAAGCAUGUGUUUAUCAAAAACAACAGACUUUUUUAAUCUUAGAUGAAAACAUUUGUAAAAUUAUACUUUACUAACACGAUGGAUGAAUAAAGAACGAUAAAACACAAAAUAAA